AUUUUUUUAAUUUUUAUAAUUGCUGGUUGUGGAAAAAUGUCUUCAGUGCCUGAUGGCAAGAAAUUGGUUCGAAGCCCAAGUGGACUUCGAAUGGUCCCGGAGAAUGGAGCGUUUAACAGCCCUUUUUCGUUAGAUGAACCUCAGUGGGUCCCGGACAAAGAGUGCCCAAGCUGUAUGCAGUGCACCAAAAAAUUUGACUUCCUUACAAGAAAGCACCACUGCCGGCGGUGUGGCCGGUGUUUUUGUGAUAAGUGCUGCAGUAAGAAGGUGACUCUUCCCCGGAUGUGCUUCGUUGACCCGGUCCGGCAGUGUGGAGAGUGCAGCCGGGUCUCCCAGAAGGAAAUGGAGUUCUAUGACAAACAGCUUAAAGUGCUUAUGGGAGGUGGUACAUUUAUUGUCACUUUGGGCACCUCCGAGAAGUCUGAGACCAUGAUGUGUCGUCUCUCCAACAACCACAGGUAUCUCUUCUUAGAUGGGGAGAGCCAUUUUGAGGUGGAGCUGUCUCGGAUCUCCAGUAUGCAGGUGUUGACAGAGGAGUCCACCCCCGAAGGUGGAAACUGCAGGGCCAGUGGCAUGUUGCUCCACUACAAACCAAUGGGCUCUCAGGACCCCAAGCAGCUACGCAUGGAGGCAGCAGAGGACAAGAAAACCGCCUCCUCCUGGCUUGCUGCCAUGCACAAGGGUGCCAAACUGCUGUAUGAAGCUCGGGACCAGUGACUGGGUUAAAUGCGGAAGACACAUUUCAGUUGAAUGUAUUCAGUUGUACAACUGACUAGGUAUCCCCCUUUUCCCUUUCAUUGCAAAGAUGACUAGAGAGUGAGAUGGCAAAGACCAAGUGUUUUCCUUCCUACCCUUAAGUCUCUCAUUCUCUAAAUGCCGACAGUGCAUUUUAGCCACACGUCACUUGAACUAUUUGGCCAAUAACCCAUCCUAAUACUGCUAUCUAUGUAAUGCUAUAAUAGACAUAAGACACUUGGCAUAACCCUUUCCCUUCACCACCAUUAAUGUGACAAAUUACCUUAAAAGCAUUAUGUAGGGUCUGUGACACAUAGUUCAAGUGAAGUUUCUUUAUAUAUUCUGUCUAUGCUCUGCUUUCAGUGCAGACAGAUUAUUCACUGAUUCUAGUGAAAUAUACACUACCGGUCAAAAGUUUUAGAACACCUACUCAUUCAAGUGUUAAUCUUUAUUUUACUAUUUUCUACAUUGUA